AUGUCAUUUGUUGGUGGAGGAUCAGAAUGUGCUGUUAACAACAAUGUUGUUUCUCAACUCAACAAACACACUCAACAAGAUAGAUCUUUACAGCAGCAAGCUUCUCAACCCCUUGGCGGUGUGAUUCAAAAUCAGGGUUUUAAAAGAGAUAACUUGAUUAAUGCUAGAGAUAGACAAAAUUUAGAUCAAUUUAUGAAUAAUGCGGCACCUCAAGGUGCAUCGUUUCAGUUUCAACAAAUGAGACACGAGUUGAAUACUAUGCAUCAGCAUCCGUCUGCUCAGCAACAGCAGCAGCAGCAGCAGAAUAACUGGUCACAGGAUUUUAAACAACAAUCUCAUUCACCAGUACCACAAGUUGCUUCACCAAUGGUGAAAAAUGCUGCUCCCGUUAAUACCCAGUGGGCUAAUGAGUUUCAAGCUGCUCCGCAACAGCCACAAACUUUGCAACAGCAUCAGAACCAACAUCAGCAUAAUCAACAAUUUUCGAGGUAUGGUGGUGCACCAAUGAUGUCGUAUCGUCCUAUGAUGGGUAGUUCUAUGGGCAUGUCUGCGUACCAACAACAACAACAACAACAACCACAGGUGCAGAGGCAAAGCCAAGAACAAACACAAGAUACUGAACAGCAAGUUGACUGGGAUGAUCAAUUUAAAAAGAUCGAAGAACUUUCAGAACAAGCUAAAGAAGAAGCAAAAGUUGCUGAUGACAAAGAUGAUAUAAUCAUUGAUGAUAAAUACCAAGCCACUUUUCAAGAAGUUUGGGAUAGUCUCAAUUCUGAAGCAUUUGAAAAUGAUUUUAUUGAACGACAAUAUGAAGAUUUCAAAAGUACCCAAGGUGAAACUUUCCCACCAGAUAUGAAUCUUUGGGAAAGGGAUUUUGCCAAAUAUGCAUCAACAAGAGCACAUUUUGGUGAUUAUAAAUUCGAAGAUGCCAAGAACAAUCAAUUUUUUGACUUACCAGCAGAUCAAGAUCCUUAUCAAAUUGGUAUCCAAUUGAUGGAAAAUGGCGCCAAAUUAUCUGAAGCGGCAUUGGCAUUUGAAGCGGCAAUUCAGAAAGAUCAAAAUCAUGUUGAUGCGUGGUUGAAAUUGGGUGAAGUUCAAACUCAAAAUGAAAAGGAAAUUGCCGGUAUUACUGCUUUGGAAAAAUGUCUUGAGUUACAUCCAGAAAAUUCGGAAGCAUUAAUGAAUUUAGCUAUUUCAUAUAUUAACGAGGGUUAUGAUAAUGCUGCUUUUGCUACUUUAGAAAGAUGGAUUUCUACAAAGUAUCCUCAAAUUGCUGAACAAGCAAGAAGAGAAAACCCUGAAUUAACUGAUGAGGAUAGAUUCUCAUUGAAUAAGAGAGUUACCGACUUGUUUUUGAAAGCAGCCCAAUUAUCACCAGACGGUGCUAGUAUGGAUGCAGACGUACAAAUGGGAUUAGGUGUCUUAUUUUAUGCCAAUGAAGAUUUCGACAAGACUAUUGAUUGUUUUAAAGCUGCGUUGUCAAUCAGACCCAAUGACCCCAUCUUGUGGAAUAGAUUAGGUGCAUCAUUAGCCAACUCCAAUAAAUCAGAAGAAGCUGUUGAUGCAUAUUUCAAAGCAUUACAAUUGAAACCAACAUUUGUACGAGCAAGAUAUAAUUUGGGUGUUUCUUGUAUAAAUAUUGGUUGUUAUAAAGAAGCUGCUGAACAUCUUUUGUCUGGAUUGUCUAUGCAUCAAGUUGAAGGUGUUGAUUCUGGUUCUUCUUCAUUGAAUCAUAAUCAAUCUACUGCAUUAACUGAAACAUUGAAAAGAGCAUUUAUUGCUAUGGAAAGAAGAGAUUUGGUCGAAUUGGUUAAACCAAAUAUGGAUUUGAAUCAAUUUAGAGGUGAAUUUAACUUCUAG